AAUCCUAAACAACAUUGGGUGUGGAAAAGCAUUUUCUAAAGUAGCUGGAAAAAGGCAGCUCCAAUCCCAGAGGCCCCAUCUGAGCCUCCUCCACUCCCCUACAUGAAUAGCUCACAUCCAUUAUCAUGUCUGCUUCCAGCUUCAAAGCACAGAUCAUUCGACUUUUUCCCACCCGGUUGAGGAUUAAGCAUCGGUUCUUGAUGCUGAGGUCCUGCGGAUGAGUAAGGAUUUGUGAUCUCUCUUCAGUUCAAUUCAGGUUUGGGAAGAACAUGCAAGACCUGUUUCCUGUUCCCUCAUGCUUCUCUUCUGGCGAGAAGCUCUCUCAGGAUGCACUCCCUGCUGCUACUGCUGCUGCUGCAACCAGGUCGCGGCAGAGCAUGGUGGUGUCGGUGUACCGCAGCAGGGUCGCAGGUCACUGCCGCUUGGUCACCGUCACUUGGUGCAAGAAUCUGCUCGCGCAUGGCCUCUCGGUCUCCGUAGAUGGACCGGACACCGACAGCAGCAGCAGCAGCAGCAGCAGCAGUCAAAGGAACAGUUCCGAUGCCGCCAAGAAGCAGCAGCAGCAGCAGCAGCACAGCUGCAAGGUGCAGAUCUCGCCAUGGCAGCCAUGGCGGAAGCAGGGCUCGAACAGGUUUCAGAUCGGAGGGGAGACGGUGGAGGUGUUCUGGGACCUCCACAGCGCAAAGUUCUGCAACGAGCCCGAGCCGCAGUCGGACUACUACGUCGCCGUGGUGUCCGAAGGCGAGGUCGUCCUCCUCCUCGGCGACCUGCGGAAAGAAGCCUACCGCAGGACGAGCUCGCGGCCGUCCUUGGCCGAAGCCGUCUUGGUGGCUAGGAAGGAGCACGUCUUCGGCAAGAAGAGGUUCGCCACCAGAAGCCGGUUCCACGACAAGGGAAGCCGCCAUGAGAUCUCUGUGGAGUGCAGCAAUGGCGGCGGCGGCGGCAACAUGGAUCUGGACAUGGAGAUAAAGAUCGACGGCAAUGUUGUCAUCCAUGUGAAGCAUCUGCAGUGGAAGUUCAGAGGGAACGACUCCAUCUCAAUCGACAAACGCAGGGUUGAAGUGUAUUGGGAUGUCCAUGGCUGGCUCUUCGCCUCCGGGCUGAGGCAUGCGCUCUUCAUAUUUAAGCCAGAGUCACUCAGUAGCGCAGGAGGAGGAGGAGGUGAUUCCUGUUGCUUGUUUCUCCAUGCUUGGAAGCUUGAUUGAAGAGCUUCCCAAGGGAGAAAUCUUGCGGAAGUUGUUUUGGUGGAAGAUGAAGAUGGUGAUGGAGAAUCUAAUACGUUGUUAAGAACAUGAGAUAAAGGAUUGAGGAGGCGGUCAACACAAUUCUGAUGAAACCAGCAAUUCUGGAGUUUGAUUCUACUGCUACUUGAUGAAAGCUUGUGAUCAUUUUCAUACCGACUUAGAUGGCAUAAAUAAAAAAAAGUCUUGUAGAACAAAAAUGCAACUUCACCAUGACUCCUACACUCAUCCUCAGUCAUAAAUAUGCUUCAUGAAAUUGGUAUCAACCUGGAAAACAUUUUUCGACAUAAUCUGGUUUGGAUUGACUUGAAAGAUCGAUAUCACAAACUGAAAUAACCCACAAAUAAACCAGAUCGUGUGGUUUCUUGAAAUCUGCUGGAGAUGAUGAUGAUGAUGAAGGAGAAUCUAAUGAGUUGCUAAGAACAUGAGAUAAAAGGAACGAGGAGGUGAUCAACGCAAUUCUGAUGAAACCAGCAAUUCUGGAGUUUGAUUCUACUACUAAUUGAUGAAAGCUUGUGAUCAUUUUCAUACUGACUCAUAUGAUACAUUUGGCAAAAACAAUUCCUUGUAGAACAAAAAUGCAAAGGAAUAAGCUUCAUGAAAUUGGUAUCAAAAUCCAAAACAAUUUUCGACCAGAUUGGUUUGAUUCAAAAGAUAGAAAAUUGAACCAAAAUAACCCACAAAUCAACCAGAUUGUGUGGUUUCUUGAAAAUUGUUGGACUGCAGGAUAUUUAUGAGUUUUGAGACCGAGACAAAGGAAGAUUGUUCCCUCAGAAACAUGUGCUUGAACUUGUUUUGACAGUUUUAUGUUGAUCGAAUUAACAAGCAAUCUUUUAGAACUGCUUAAAUCAAUCUCCAAACUGAAACUGUUUAAUCAAAUGCAACAAACAGAUUCAAGAAAUGGGAAUUAAGCUUUUACACAACCUAACAAUUUCAGCUGCUAAAUAUUCAGAUCUCAACAGUGCCCAUCAAGAUAACCAUCUUUCUUUGUACUUCUGAUUCUAAGCAGUUAUGAUUGGGGCCAUUGCAACAAGCAGCACCUUCAAAUUGAGAUUAGAAUGGACUAAUUCUAUCCAUAUAUUUUAAUUUAUUUUAGGUACUUACA